GUUGCAAAAGAGAAAAUAGUUGAGUCCAAAGACUCCAAAACAUUUUCAGUUCACAUUUUGGAGAGAGGAACAAAGUUUGAAGAGGGAAUCGAAAUCGACGAAGACAAGAAACUGGAGUACUUUCAUGUUCCGGCUCACAACGGACUCACUGAUGCUGACUUCCUAUACGAUUUUAAAAAUGUAAGUUUUUGUUUGUUUAUGGGUAACGGAAGGUAAUUUCCAAGCUGAGACACAAACUAACUCCUUUAUCUUUCUCCUUUAUCAGCGACUGACCGUUAUGCGGAUUAAACGUGACGCCAAGUGUUAUUUAAGUCCACUUCCUGACAGUUUGCCAAGUCCCUCUCUGCUGAAAACUGGAUUACAAAUGGUACUAAUUUUUAAGAAUAGUCAAAGUCCGUUCUUUUGAAUUUUUCCCUUCUUUUUCCCGCAAUAAGAGACCGCUCUUUACACAAAAGAUUCCUGCCGGUAGAAGACUCGUGACAUUUAUGUUAAACUGAAAACAGAAAGCGAUUAAUGCGAAAGCCAGAAAGAGAAAGAGUUUGCAGUACAUGCCAGUUUCAUAUUGUGCCGCUGUAUAAGUGUUGUGCACAAAACGGGAAAAACUCUAACAUUCGUCUCCAAAAUGGCUUCACGCCCAAUCAUGGUAUGGUACGCAUCUGGCAGGUUAAAAAAGUAAAUUAAUUAACAGUUUCUAUAAAGAGAAGAAAAACGCAGAUAUAAACUUUGAGGAAAAGGGAGAAGGCAUCUGUAUUCUCUCGUUUUGUUUAUUAGCGUGGCACUAGGGGUGAAAAGGGACGAGAAAAGUUUUCGCCCUAUGUAACGAUGUAAGGUAACCCGGCAAUUCCGGAAUCCGGGAAAAUCUUACUUGUGGAAUCCGGAAUCCUGGGCUUCGGAAUCCGUAAUUCAACUAAUGGGAUUUCUAUUGAGAAGAUAUCCGAAAUCCAGUACCUAGAAUGGCGGAAUCCACAUAGUAGAACCCAGAAUCCAAGACUGUCUUGGAUUACCUCUGACAUGGGGCGAAAAUUUUAGGAUAGAAAUUUAUAGCCGGCGAAGCAUGGCGGUUUUGUCUGGUGCGCUGUCGGGCGGCUAACCGCAAAAGCGCGCGAAGCGUCCGCGGACGAGCGGCGAAGCCGCAAGGAAAAUAAAAACCUCGUUGCUCUGGCACCAAUCUCCUCGCAGUUUCACUGCCUUUGGCCACCUUCGCCCACCUUGGCUUCUUUGCGCGCCCAACCAAAACUGUCAUGCUACUCAAGCUAAAAAAAUUAAUAUAAACCUAUUAGGGUCAUUGUCCUGUGUCAUAUAUCGACAGAAUUUCUGAAUUAUAGGUUCCUCAAACUCCCCCAUCGAAGAAUAACGUAGUUGUUCGGAAGUAUUGGACCAUCGGGCAACAGAUGGUAAAACGUUUCAUGAGAAAAGAAGUGCAGGAAUUCUGCGGCCAUUUCCCAAUGUUUCGCUUGCAAGAGAUGGAUUUGGAUCUAGCUGCUGAUCUAAAGAAGACCCAUUUAGGGCGGACUCGCUUAGGUAACUAUAAUAGAAUUGGACGAAACGCUCAUGGAUGAACUUUAAUGAUACUUAUAAUGCUGUUUACGCGUUGUGAAAAUGAUAAAUCACACAUUACGCUGCUAAGCCCAAUCACGCCUCAAGCGGCUAAUUUGGGUUCCAUCACGCGUCACGGAAAACCCCUUCGCCACGCUGAAAAAGGUCUAUUCUCAAAGAAACGUUAAGGUAAUUGUUUCCUUUUCAAUCCACAGCAAGAGAUCUUAGUCGGACGAACCUUACUGGACUCCCAUUUUGCAAGAAUAAACCCUUACCCACACGAAAGCCUGAUGGAUCACCUGCUUGCCAUCCUCACGACAUGCUUUUUGAUUUUGAAGUCCGUGAGAAUCAUUGCACGUGGUGGCUAGUUUGCCGAUUUAGCGUAGAAAAGAAGAGCGUGAUGUGUGAGGACUGGGCACACAAAUAUAACAGCAUGAUUUGCUACACUCCACGUUGUCCUUAG